GGCGGGAGACCACGGAUUUUACCGCCGGAAGUUCGGCGGCCGUACCAAAGAGUGCAGGCUCGGGUGCCUAGCUAGAGGGGCUCGUUUCCGCCCCGCUUCUGCGUGAUGGGCCGCCAUCUUAGGUGCAUGCAAUUAAGGACUGUGGCGGGAUUGGCUCUGCGUUUGGGCUCGUCCGCUGCUCCCCACCUACCAGGGCCGGAUCCGGAGCCCAUCCCCCGUGGGCGGGACCUUCUAACGGCAGGCUUCUUUUCUGGUGAAGGGUAACCGGGCUGAAGAAACUACUUAAAUUUUGAAGAUAGCGACUCAGUAUCAUGGCCGGCAGCCCCAAUGAAGAUACAGAAGGAAGCAGAAUCACUUAUGUGAAAGGAGACCUUUUUGCAUGCCCCAAAACAGACUCUUUAGCCCACUGUAUCAGUGAGGAUUGUCGAAUGGGUGCUGGGAUAGCUGUCCUCUUCAAGAAGAAAUUUGGAGGGGUGCAGGAACUGUUGAAUCAACAAAAGAAAUCUGGAGAAGUGGCUGUUCUGAAGAGAGAUGGGCGAUAUAUAUAUUACUUGAUUACCAAAAAAAGGGCUUCACACAAGCCCACUUACGAAAACCUACAGAAGAGUUUGGAGGCCAUGAAGUCCCAUUGCCUGAAGAAUGGAGUCACUGACCUCUCUAUGCCCAGGAUUGGAUGUGGUCUUGAUCGUCUGCAAUGGGAAAAUGUAUCCGCAAUGAUCGAGGAGGUGUUUGAGGCAACAGACAUCAGAAUUACCGUGUAUACACUUUGAACACAUGAGCGUUUUGGAUGUACCCACUUUCCUGUGUUGUUCCUUCCGGGCCAUGAGACUGGCCUUAAACCAGCCAAAGGAAAGUUUCUUGUGAAGCAGCAUGUCCAGGCCAGACUUGGAGUGCUGUAUUCCUGAUUGGACUGGAAUAUGAAGGAGAGGGAUUGCUUGGAAUAUGUUGCCUUUUAUUUUUUGACUAUUGUGGGGUUUUUUGGGGGGGGGUGUGGCAUGAUGGUGAUGAGUAGGUAACCUGAUAUUAGGCAGAAAAACCAAAUAUUGGGCCGGUGACCCUUGUUUUGCUCCAGGAGGGGAUCACAUUUGUUUGGGGUUGCCACUAGGUGGCAGCGUUGAUUUUAUUUCUCCACUAUUUAAGAGAAAUUUCGGGAAGGAUGAACAUUUUAAUUAGCAUCUUUUGCUGUUUGUGCAUUUACUAAGAUUCUUAUGUCAUUAAAUUCAUACUGGCUGUUUUGCUUUUGUUUAAAUUAUGAAAUAGAGUUUUAUGUUGUUAACAAGAAAUUUGUGGUGACCAUCUUGGAUAAAUAAAUACCUUUUUCUGGUGGUCAGGUGAGGUUCUGUACUCAUGGACUUGGGUUCUGGUGGGUUCACCUGUAACUGCAUUUCAGAGAGGGCCCAGUGGGAAGAGCAGUAGGAUGAGAAAAUAAGGGUGGACUAGAGCUCUCAGUCAAAGAACUGGAAAGGGUUUUUAGAGGCUCCUUGUAGUGAACGCUUUCCUCUGUCCACCACAUAGUGUCUGUAACUGAGCCAAUCUGAAUUCGUUUAUGAAAAAAGUAAAAUACAUAUAUGCCUAGCAGAGUGUUUAGUGUGGAGUAAUGAUUUAAUACGUCAAUGUUAAAGUGGCUCUUAACAAAAUCUAUAUGAGAUUCAAAACUAUAUUAACAAAAUAGAGUCCCUUUUGCACACAUCAUCCCGUCCUCCCCCCCAGCCCCCCAACACACACACACACACAGUCAAGUUUGGUCGUGAGGUUGGAGAGUGUGGCCAAAUUUCUUUGUUUUUAAGCUCUGUAGAGGAUUAUGAUCUGUAGCCAACUGGGAUUGAGAACAGUAAACAGUAAACCUCUGGCUGAGUGAAGAGAGCAGCAGCGUUUUGUCCACUCUUGUUUUCAUGGUGGGAGAAUAAGGUUCUUGGAUUUAGGCAGUGAUUCAAUAUCAGAGGUAUUGGGAAAACUAGCUUUAUUUUGCCCCUUUACUGUGGUGUUGAGUUAAACCUGCCAACUAUUGAUUUUUUUUUCUCUAGAGUGAAUCCUGGGUCUGUCACAGGGUUUGCUACUUGCCCAAGUGUUAAAGAAUCAGAUCUAAGAAGGGGCUUGUUGCACACCAGGAAAGCCCUGGUUAAAUAUAAUCUUUGUACUUUAGACUUCUGUUCUUACCACACUUCACCCUGAUAGGGAGCAGCAGUUUUAAAAAUUAUUUCAUUUCUUCUGUCUCUCUAUGUAGAACAGAUGGGCUCUCUGUGUUAGGGUAGAGGAUGCAGUGUAAGGACAAGUUCAUUACCAUACUGUUAAGAGUAAGACUUUUCUGGAAGUUUUCCUUCUUUCCAUGUUAGGUUGAAGGGGAAAUAAAGCAUGAAGAAAAUACCUAAAUAUACAAAGACACAUAUAUGUAACAUAAAUGUAUAUAAAAUAUGUAUAAAGCAAAAGGGAUGAUAGGAACUAAAUUUGGAAUUAAACUUGACAAAAUUAUUUUUACUGUGCAAAUCUUAUAGUAUGUGGGUCAACACAUUGGUUUUCUUGACUCCUCUACAAUUAAAUGUUGGUUUUUUUUUUUUCCCAUA